AUGACGCAAGAGACGUUGAUCUACAGCUUCGUGUCCAGAGGCACGGUGGUCCUGGCCGAGUACACUGAGUUCUCCGGCAACUUCACCGACGUCGCCUCCCAAUGCCUCCACAAGCUCCCCUCUUCCAACAACAAAUUCACCUACAAUUGCGACGGCUACACUUUCAAUUACCUCGUCGAGAAGGGUUUCACCUACUGCAUUGUUGCAUCUGAAUCUGCUGGAUCACAACUUCCAAUUGGCUUCUUGGAACGUGUGAAACAGGAUUUUAUCAAGAGAUAUGGUGGAGGGAAGGGAGAUACUGCAAUUGCCAAAAGUCUUACUAAAGAAUUUGGACCGAAACUGAAAGAGCACAUGAAGUACUGUGCUGAACAUCCAGAAGAAAUAAACAAGCUUACCAAGGUGCAAGGUCAAGUUGAUCAAGUAAAGGGUGUUAUGAUGGGAAACAUUGAGAAGGUUCUUGAGCGCGGUGAGAAGAUUGAGCUUCUAGUUGAUAAAACAGAGAAUCUUCGCUCACAGGCACAGGAUUUCCGGAAACAGGGGACCCAAAUAAAGAAGAAGUUGUGGUUCGAAAAUAUGAAGAUAAAACUGAUUGUGUUGACGGUCCUUGUAGCUUUGAUUCUUAUUAUUGUCUUGUCUAUCUGCCAUGGUUUCAAAUGCUGAUUGCCCUGGAAAAUAUACUAGUUCCCUCCUGAACUCCUUGUACCAUGACACAUACACAACCAUCCAGACAUUCCUUACAUGUUCCAAUUUGCCAUUUCCAUGCAAAGCUUUCUUAAGUUAGUUUUUAGAAGAAGUUGUGCAGGUACACCCGUGCUUUUUAAAGGAAUCCCUCACACUAA